ACCAUGGUCCGCUCUACCUCCCUCCUCAAGGCCACCGCAUUGCUCGGCCUGAACCAUGCCGCCUCAGCCCAGAACAGCACCAGCAACCCCUGGCCGUGGCAGACCUACCGCUCAGAGCCCGCUCUGCAGCCCCCGUCUCUGAAGAUCACCCAGACCGGUGACAUCGCCGAGGGCCAUCUCUUCUUUGACCAGUCCGGCUCCGGCGGCCACAACUACUCCGUGUUCAUCAUGAGCAAUGAGAACGAGCUCAUCUGGGAGGGCCCGUACGGCGACAUCUCCGCAUGGCGCGCCCAGACUCUCUUCGGAGAGCCCGUCCUUACGUUCUACACCGGAAUCACGAUGCCGGAGCCCUACGGCUUCGGAUACGGAGCUGUCUUCAUCUACGACCAGACCUACAAAAACAUCUACAAUGUUACUCUGGACCAGUACGCCAACGGCUUGAACCUCCAGACCUUCACCGGCUGGGACUCGUCCGGUCUCACCGGCGGCAGCUGGCUGGACAUGCACGAGGACUACAUCACCCCCGAGGGCACCAUGUUCGCUCCUGCUGUGAACGUUACCCACACGGAUCUCACUUCCGUUGGCGGCCCUGUUGAUGGCUGGAUCGUGGACUCGCUCUUCUUCGAGAUCGACAUCAAGACGAACGAGAUCCUCUUCCAGUGGAGCCACCUGGACCACUUGGACGAGAUCUCUCUGGCUUCUGCUGCCCUUACCUACCCCUUGGAGGACCUUGGACUCAACCAGACCUACCCCUGGGGACCUUUCCACAUCAACUCGAUCGAGAGAUUCGCUGAUGGUGGUUUCCUCAUCUCCUCCCGCCACUACUGCUCCAUCUUCAAGAUCGCCAAGGAUGGAUCUGUUGAGUGGACCCUGAACGGCCAAACCGGCGGCUCUUUCGCUCUCAAGAACGGCCUGUCUUUCUGCUACCAGCACGACGCCCGCAUCCACGCCGAGGGCAACGGCACCGCCCUCAUCUCCCUCUUCAACAACGACAACAGCGGCAUCCGCAGCGGCGUCAACGAGACCUCGGGCAUCUUCCUCACCGUCAACACCGCCACCUGGGAGGCCACCCUCAAGCAGGAGCUCAUCGACCCCAACGACACAAUCUUUGCCGUCUCCCAGGGCAACGUUCAGGUCCUCAACGACGGCAGCGGCCACACCGUCAUCGGCUACGGCAGCACGCCCAAGAUCAAGGAGUUCAACGCCGAGGGCGAGUGCGUCUUCACCGCGCAGUUUGGCGAGGACAAGAUCGUCCAGAGCUACCGCAACCACCGCUACCCCUGGGUCGGCAAGCCCUACUACGCGCCCAAGGCUUUCGCCUGCGACGCCGGCAACCAGACCGAGGUCUACAUGAGCUGGAACGGCGCGACGGAGAACAACAAGUGGACCGUCUUCGCCGGCGCUUCAGAGGAUGUGCUGACUGAGAAGACUUCCGUUAAGAAGACUGGCUUCGAGACCAAGGCUACCUUCUCCGUUUCGGCUCAGUUUGUGCGCGUCGAGAGCGCUGGUGAGGGCAUUGAGACUGGUGUCAGUGAGGUUGUCGCUGUCGAGAGCCAGUGCUAGAGUGGUCUGAUGUUCAUACCAACGCACUCACUUGUGACUGAUAUCAAAUUCGCUUACAACACGUAAGAUCAAUUGCUUAGCUAAAUAAUGUAAUCUCAG